AUGACCUGGAACUGUAGAGGUGCUGGAAAGAAACAAUUUAAGAGCACUUUCAGAAGGUUCAGGAAGAAGUAUGGAGUUGGAGUUGCUGCCAUUUUGGAGCCUAGAGUUAGUGGAGAUAAAGCCUUGAGAAUUAUUCGAAGUUUGGAGUAUUCUAACUAUAUAAUCUCUGAAGCCAAUGGGUUUGCAGGAGGUGUGUGGAUUGUAUGGGAUCCGUUUGAGGUGAGUAUCACACUUGAGAGAAAGCAGGAUCAAUUCAUCCAUUGUUGGGUUGAAUUUCCUAGUAAGGAGGGCUUUUUCUGGACUACAGUAUAUGCUAGUCCUAAAGAAGAAAAGAGAAGAAUGUUGUGGGAAGAACUGAAGCAUAUUGGUAGAACCAUGAAUAGUCCUUGGAUGUUGUCAGGAGAUUUUAAUGAGAUUACUUCAGUUUCUGAGAAGAAAGGAGGCAAUCCAGUUGAUGUUAAUAGAUGUCUUAUGUUCAAUAAUGUGUUAAAUGCAUGUGGGGUUAUAGAUUUGGGAGGAGGAGUAAAUAGAUUCACUUGGAAAGGGCACAAAUUCCCACACUUGGAUAGAGUGUUCAAAAGGCUUGAUAGAGCAGUUGCAAAUGAUGCUUGGAGAACCUGUUUUGAGGAAGCUGUUGUCUUAAACCUUCCUAGAAUUUUCUCUGAUCAUUGCCCUGUCUUGGUGAGAUUGGAUAAAGAGGAUCAUUGUUGGAGGGAUAGACCUUUUAUGUUCAUGGCUGUAUGGCAGAAUGAUUCUCGGUUCCACUCUUUCCUCAAAACCAAUUGGGAUUCAAAUUCCAAACUACUGGACAGUCUGAUCACUUUUACUCCAGCAGUCAGAAACUGGAAUAAGAAUGUCUUUGGCUUCACACACUAUAGAAAGAACAGGGUGAUAGCUAGACUGGAAGGCAUUCAAAGACAGAUGAGCUUGAGAAAUUGCUACCAUUUGGAGGAGUUGGAAGCCAAUCUAAAUAAGGAACUUGCUGAUAUAUUAGCUCAAGAGGAACAAAUUUGGUACCAGAAAUCUAGGGGGGAUUGGAUCAAAGGAGGUGAUAGAAAUACUAGGUAUUAUCACACUUGUACCUUGAUUAGGAGAAAGAGGAACAAGAUCAUCAAGCUACAGAAUAAUGGUGGUGGAUGGAUUUCUGGAGAUGAGGAAUUGAUAGAAUUAGCCAGAAGCUUUUUCAUUAAUCUAUUCACAGAAGACUUGAUUGAUUCAGAGUAG